UUUCUUAGUUUGAUCAAACAAUAUUAUAUGAAGACUGAAAAAUCCCCUUUUCAACCCUACAAUAAUUUGCAGAAGUCUGACUUAAGUCCAAAAUAUAAAAGUCCAUCUUCAGAGUCAUCAUCAUCUCAAAAUAAUUUCAAAGCAACUGAAAUAAUGAACACUGAUUCUGCAAUUAGCACACCUUUAAAAAGAAAGCAUUCUAGUCCCACUAUUGAGCACUCUCCAAAUAAACUAACAGAAUCAUUUUUACGAUCUGAUACCUUUGCUAGUGAUAUUAAUGUCGAUAAUGGAGUUAAAUGGACAAAACAACAUUGGAAGAAACUAGAAGAAUAUUAUGUGCGCAAAAAUUAUGAUUAUGAAAAAGCUGCAAUUGCUUUUUAUUAUGUGGAAUCUUUAAUAACAAUUAAUUCAUCUUCAAAAGAUGAUCUAGAUAAUACAACGUUAACAUUAAAAGAAUUAUGGUCAAAGGAACAUAUCAUUUGGAGAUGCAAAUGUCUUGAUACAAGCACACGCUUUUAUGGCGGUGUAUUACCUUCAGAAAGAAUUAAAAAGAGAAAAAUAGAAUCAACUACAACAUCGCCAGCGACAAAUAAAAUGAUUAAUAGUUAUAUUCCAGACACUGUAGAACUUCCAGAUCAGAUUUAAUCGACUCUUUUUCUUUUCUUUUUAUAUACACAUAUAUAUUAUAGAACUAACUUUACCUCACCUCUCUUUUCUUCUUCUUUUCUAUUGAUUUGUAAAUAUCUUAUAUGUUAAUUGUUAGUUUUUAUUAAUCUACAUGUAUUAUUAACAUAGCAUUAUGUUUAUUUGUACUUCAUACUUGUAUAAUAAAUUUAUCCAAAACUCUGCAUGCAUGUAUAAUAAGGAAUUAAUGCAUUUUUAUUAAAAAAAAUAUAUUAGUUAAAUAAUCUAUAGUCU